AUGGAAUAUCCGAUAUCAUGCUUAGAAGUCGUAAAAGAUAUCGGUGAAGCAGAAUUCAUUACGGUUCAUUUAGCAAAAGCGAAAGGUCUACGAGGCGUUAAUGUUCGCUACGUAGCUUUGAAGAAGAUCAAAGAUCCAUUGGACAAAGCGGUUGCCAAAAAGUUUUUCCAGGAAGUAGCAAUCCUAAAUAAAAUUAAGCAUAAGAAUGUUACACGUCUGUUAGCUAUUUCGACACGAAAUCAAGUUUUGGCAAUGAUUAUUGAAUAUCCUGAAUUUGGUAAUUUGCAUCAGUACUUGCAACAGGCAACUAAUGAGAUCGAUUUAGGUCAACCGGGUGUUCCUCCUAUUUCCCCAUCUUACUUGUUGCUUAUGGCUAAACAAAUAGCGGAAGGAAUGCAGUAUUUGACUUCAUUGGAUAUUGUACAUCGUGAUUUAGCGACUCGUAAUUGUUUGGUAGGAUCAUCGUACUUUAUUAAAGUUUCAAAUUUUGGUGUAGUGAAUAGAGAUUUCAUGCGUGACUAUUAUAUUAUGGAGGAUUUGCCUCCAUUGCCAAUAAGAUGGAUGGCACCGGAGGCCAUAUUAGAAGGAGACGUUACAACUUCUAGUGACGUGUGGGCUUUUGGAAUUACAUUGUGGGAGAUUUUAACGUUUGCCAAACGACCAUACGGCGAUAAAAGUGAUGUAGAAGUAUUAGAGAAUAUAAUUAAGUUAUAUGAAGGUGGAGAAAAUGCCGUCCUACUAAACCAACCGUCUUUUGCGUCGAAUGAAUGCUAUAAACUAAUGCAAAAAUGCUGGAGAUUAGAUCCGAAACGCAGACCAUCCUUUGAAGAUAUUGUAACUAUGUUCUCUUAA